GCUAGGCGUUUUUUCUGCUCCUGCGCCGCGCUACAAGCCCAAAAUCUUUAAAAAAAACCCAUCCUGGCAGGCGUCAACUAGGCCAGCCCUUCCCGGCGAGGACCUCUCCUGCCGCUUGAGGGGUAACCAUGGCGACCACUCCGGGUCCCGCCAUGGAGGCCGCCGGGUGAGUGUCUCGUGUGAAGGGAGGCCUGGCGGGGCGGAGCGCGGAGGCCGCGGGGGUGGGAGCCCCACGGAGCGCUUCCUCGGGGUGGGCGCCAUGCCCAAUGGGCAAUUUGAAAAGUGAAGAGGUCGCUGGUUACUUAUUAAGUAGGAAGGGACCCCCAAAGGUCAUCUAGCCCAACCCCCUUUUCAGUACGGGGAUCUCAGAAUCGAAGAAUCCUUCGUGUCAGCGAUGCCGAAUUGGGUUCAGCAGCACUUAAUUCGCCAUUGCCUAGGAAGUUCCCCCCGGGGAUUUGGGGGGUGGGUGGCAUCCGGGCUGCUGGAAUGGCAUCGUCUGCCACAGACAACUGCUUUUUCUUUUUCAUACAUUUUAAUUAGUUUUUUUAUACAUAUCAUUUCCAACAUUCAUUUAACAUAACUUCUUAUACAAUAUUUUAGACUUCCGUCAACCACCUCUGAUUAUUUUCCGUUCUUUAUUCUGCAUUUCUUAAUUUCUCUAUUACUCUUAAUUAUCAUUAACGAAUAAUUCUCUUCAUAGUCUUUCUUGCAGUAUUUCAGAUAAUCCUCCUUACAGAAUUUCUUCUACUAGCGUAAUCUGUUCAUUAUAAUUGCUUUUCAAAUAAUUCAUAUACUUACUCCAAUCUUCUAAGAAUCUUUGGUCCCGCAGCUUUCGAAUCCUUCCUGUUAAUAUUCUUCUUCACGAGGGGCAUCUGAGACAUGAACUUGGCAAAGGGCUCUUUCUGGCGUGUGUCUUGUUGCUGUUUUUAGACAUUUUUGUGAGCCAUCUCUUGUACUGGAACUGGGAGUGGGACACAUGUAUUUUAAAUAAAAUUAUAUUAAUAAUAUAUUAUAUCAUAUAAUAAUUGUAUUUUAUUAAUAUGCACACACGUCCUGCUCCCUGGUUUCCCACAGGGAUCUGGUUAGCCCCUAUGAGAACAGGAUGCUGGACUAAAUGGGAUUUUGGUCUGAUCCAGCAGGAUUCUUCUCACAGUUCCAUUUUAUCCUGCUCAGCUAGGUGCUCCACGAUAUUUGUUUCGAUAAUAAAAGAAAGAAAAUGUUUUGCUCUUUAUCAUUUUUAGUACAUUCCCAACUGAAUGUGUGCCUGCUAUGUUCUAUAAACUCACAUAUAGCCCCUUAAAACUUGUUAGUGAACUUGUGACCUAUCCAGACAUGUUGGAAUGUUUUUAAACAUUUUUUACUGAUUGUUUUAUUUUAUAAUUUCAUAAACCGCUUAGAAGUGGUAUAUCAACUUUGAGACCCUGUUAAUCUCUCUGUUUCCCCAAAGAGGGCACUGUGGGUUAAAUUGAAGUGCUUCCAGUUUUUCUGGUCUUGGAAUUAGUAUCACUGGAACAAAAAAAACAAAGACAUGAUUUGCAUGGCAGAAAGAAGACCCAAGUUUUGCCAGCAAAAGUCAGCAGAGCAUCCCAAGUAGAGAGUUUCUUCGUUUAAUCCCUAUCCCCCUUUUCCAGAGGGCUCGGUGUGGAUGGCAACCAUUAAGCAUAAAGCAAAACUUAUGCAUAAUGAAAACAAAACACCCAGUUAAAUUAAAACGACUUAAUGCCUGUUUAAUCUUGAACGCCAGCCAACCCCUCCAACAUUCCAGAGACGAGAAUAAGGAUUCUCUUGUGUGGUUAUAAUACUUUCCCAUAUGAGCCUCCGCCUACCCAACGUUCUGCAUUCCCAAAAGCUCUUCUCAUCCUGAUGUAUAUAUAAUCAGUUACUUUUAGAUCGUCUUUGCAACGAGCUGCCAAUUAGCUACCAGGCUAAGUGCAAGGUCCUGGUCUUGGCGUGCACACUAGGAAUACGGUGUGCAGUUCUUCCUCAAAAAGGAUAUUGUAGAAAAAGUUCAAAAAGGUCCUCCAAAAUGAUCAUGGGGAUGGAGCGACUCCCCUAUGAAGAAAGGCUGCAGCAAUUGGGACUUUCUGGUUUAUAGAAAAUGCAAGAGAGGUGGCAUGAUAGAAGUACUGUAUUUUUCGCUCCAUAAGAUGUACCUGACCAUAAAACGCACCUAGUUUUUAAAGGGGGAAAGCAAAAAAAUAAAAAUAAGCUGCACAGAGCAUGUAAGCGGCUUUCGCUUUUCUUGCUUUAAACCCUUCCGUCCCUCCUCCCGCUUCGCUGUGAAGCCAGCAGAGCAAGAGCGAGAGCUGCACAGCGCCUCUUCUGCUGGCUUCCCAGCAAAGCAGGAUGAGGGACGAAAGGGAGCCCUUACAAGGGAGCGCUGAGCAGAGCCUGGCAGCGGCUCUUGCUGGCUUUUCUGGGAGGUGUGGGAAGGGACAGAGGGCAGCCCGUCAGUCCCUUCUCCCUCCUCAGGGAAAAACCAGUAAGAGAAAAACACACACUCUGCGCGGCUCUUUAAAGGGAGCACUGAGCAGAGCCUCCUGCCUGCAUUCGCUCCAUAAGACGCACACACAUUUCCCCUUACUUUUUAGGAGGGGAAAAGUGUGUCAUAUGGAGCAAAAAAUACGGUAUAUAAAAGUAUGCACGGCCAUCGCUCAUAACUCUAGAACUUGUGAAUCCUUUUAACGGAAGAGUCAGGGCAGGUAAUUUAUGCAGCACAUAGUUCAACUGGAACUCACUCAGAGGGCAGUGACAGCUAUUAACUGGGAUAGCUUUAAAAGAGAAUUAGAUAACUUAAUGAAGGUUAUCAGGGUCUACCAGCCAUGGCUGGAGGCAGGAGUGCUGAAUACCAGUCGCUGGAUGCCACAGGAGGAAGAAAGGGCUCAUGUGCUCAGGUCCUGUUUGCAGGCUUCCCACAGGGGUCUGGUUGGCCACGGUGGGGACAGGAUGUUGGGACUGGACAGCCACUGGCCUGAUGCAGCAGGCUUGUUCUUCAAGUCUUGGGGAGAGGCUUUUCUAGCUGAUGCUAGCAGUGGAACUUGAAGGUGCAACGUUCAGGGCCCACAUGCACACAGCAGCAACCAGUUUGGGGGAUGGUUGCAUUCUAGUAUUCUGUUUGCAUUCUAAAUGGCGAAUACUGUCUUGUUUGGCUAGGGAAUUGACCAUCCAGACACCAAGGCUCCUGCCUCUGGAUGCGGUGCGAUUUUCUGCUCUACUGGAGGACUGCGUUGACCAGCUUGCCAUUCUUGGCUUCAUCAUGCCAGUUUCCUAUGAGGGCCGCAAAGAUGUCAGCGAUGUAAGUACAUCACAGACUUGUGAGAGGGAAACUGAGGAUGCAUUCAUACUCUUUCCCCUGCCCCCACUAUUAUCAGGAUCAGCCUGAUAAUUUUUGCCCAGCCAGCAUCCUACCGUUCUGGACUUGUCUCUAUUAUUUUUAUUUAUUCUUUUGUUCCUUCUCAGUCUUACGAAGUUAAUCUCCCAUGAUAAUCUCAUCCUGCUCUUGGGCAGCCCAAAGCUUCAUUCCGCCUUAUCCUUUGCCCUUGCCAUCUUUCUCAACUGCUAACUCACAAAAAAUAUGAAGCUCGCAAUAUUGACUCAGACCAAUAAUGCCUCUUGCUCUGUCCCAUCUACUCCAGGGGUUGAGAACCUCAGGGUUGGGGGGCCAAAUGCAGCCUUCCAGGGUUUUCUGUCUGGCCCUCAGAACUCUCACCAACCCUGAUUUGCUUUGACUGGCAACAGUUCUCGAGGGCCUUUGAGGCAAGGUCUCACCAGCCUUGUCAGUCCUGCAAAGGAUGUACUCUACUAUGGAGUUUUCACCUCACCUCCAAACCAGUGACAGCUCCAUUUCCCCAUGCAAAUCGGCGUGCUUCAGGUGUGCAUUCAUGCAAGGGCAGAAUCACAUGAUUGCUGAAUGUUACAGAUGUUCUGGCUGUGUUCAUCAGAUUAAGCCCUGCUCCAUAUUUCCCUCAUUAUACGAGAUCUUGGUGGAGUGUCAGGCCUAACAAGCACAGCAGCUCAUCCCUGGUAGCUCUUUGUCCCAUGGAUCAGUUGCCAAGGCUGAAAGUCCCUUCCUCCCCACAGCUGUCUAAAUCCCCAAGCAGGAGAAAAGGAGAAAUAUGUGCUCCAGAACACCUAGAAGAGUCUCGAUUAGCAAAACCCAGGCUCCAUCUGGGUAAUUUCAAUGGUGGCUUCUGGCAAGCCCAGAAAGAGGGCAGGAAGGCAAGAUCUCCCCACAGUUUGCCUGCAGCAACUAGUCCAACAAGGAGAGGAAGCAUGAGAACCACUUGGGCAACCCAGUCAGAUGGGUGGCAUAUAAAUAAUACUAUAUUAUUAUUAUUAUUAUUAUUAUUAUUAUUAUUAUUAUUAGGCUUCCUCCUGAUCACUUAACCACAGCUAUGACUGCUUUCCUUCUUUCUCUUUUCUGCCCCUUAUUUGCAAGGAUCUCUUUUUGUUGCUCUUCAGCUUAACGAUACAGAGAUCCAGGGCGUUCUUGCAAACCAGAAGGAGCUGAGCACGAGGUACAAGAACCUGAUGGACGCCCGGGCAGAGAGUCAGGCCAAGAUCCCCAAUGAGCUGGGCAAGAUUGCAGAACUUGGGCGGCAGCUGAAGGACACAGGCAAUGAGCUGAAGAGGGCCAACUACCUUUUCACCAUUGCCACAAAACAGAGCGCAUUGUCCCCAGAGAACCUCAAGAAGAUUCAGGCGGACAGGUGAGACCCUUCGGUCAGGCAGUGGGACACAGGAUGCUUAUCUGCGCUGAAUUCUUUCAAGUUCUGAUUUCACGAGGAAUUCUUACACUUUCUGUUUAUUUGAGGGUUUACACUCCUACCCAGAGUGUCUUUUUGAAGGCUUUCCCCCAUACCUUGCUCCCCCUUGUCCUUAGCAUGAAUUGGGGCUCCCUCCAGAAGUCAAGGCUAUCCCCCCUGUACUCAGGGCAGCAGCUCCCUCAGGUCCACACCUGGGGUGUGGGUGCCAUGGGAGACUUCCCCUCUGCAACUGGCCUGAGUGCACGGCCAGUGCUAUGUCAUAAAGGGUGUGAAAUGCAAUCUGGUUCCUUCCUUUCCUGCCAGGAAAUACACGAGCGAUGUGAUUGAAGACGUGACAGAGGAAAUGCUGGCACUGGGAACCUUUCACUCCCUCCAGUUAGCUGUGGACCUGGAAAAUGAAAAGAAGUUGAACCUCCAUAACCUUGUCCUCAGGUUGGAGUUUUAUUUUAGAAGCUGCCUCUUUUGAACUUAGGCUGACUAGCGCAACAUUGCCCACACUGACUGACAGUCACUCUCCAGGUGCUCAGGCAGGGCUUCUCAGCAGCCACUAGUGCCAAUCCUUAAUAAACGGAGAGAACAAGCCAAAGAGCUCCACCUUACAGCUGCUCCUCACACAAUAAACGGGCGUUUGCUGUGGUUCCACCACUGUGUCCAGUGGAAUCUCACAGAGCAGGACCUGCCACCCUAAGGGCUCAGCGCCCAGGGAAGGCCAACCAACUAUCAGAGGAGUAAGGAACCACCAGAAGUGCCCCAUCAGAGGCUGUCAGUGAUCGAGGUGGAGCAUAAGGGAUCAGAUGCUCCUUUAGGUUUUUUGGGAUUUGUGAAUUAACACAAGACCCUUGAACCUGACCUAGUAGUGAAUUGGCAACCAUCCACAGCUCUCUCAGCAGCAGAGGGUCAUGCUGCCAGUAAUUUCUAUUUAUUUCAUUUAAUCUGCUCCUGUGAGCUGUCUGGCCACUGCAUUCUGCACUAGUUGUAGUUUCUGAAUCAGAUACACAUAAAGGUAAAGGUAAAGGGACCCCUGACCAUUAGGUCCAGUCGUGACCGACUCUGGGGUUGCGGCGCUCAUCUCGCUUUAUAGGCCGAGGGAGCCGGCGUACAGCUUCUGGGUCAUGUGGCCAGCAUGACUAAGCCGCUUCUGGCGAACCAGAGCAGCACACGGAAACGCCGUUUACCUUCCCGCCAGAGUGGUACCUAUUUAUCUACUUGCACUUUGACGUGCUUUCGAACUGCUAGGUUGGCAGGAGCAGGAACCGAGCAACAGGAGCUCACCCCGUUGCGGGGAUUUGAACCGCCGACCUUCUGAUCAGCAAGCCCUAGGCUCAGUGGUUUAGACCACAGCGCCACCCGCGUCCCCAGAUACACAUAAAGCACCUUAAUAAUAAUUUUAAUGUUUGGUGUUUUACUGUGUUUUUAAUAUUUUGUUGGGAGCCGCCCAGAGUGGCUGGGGCAACCCAGUCGGAUUGGCAGCAUAUAAAUAAUAAAAUCAUCAUCAUCAUCACAUGGCCUGUUUCUUGAGUUUGAUAAAGCAUCUGCCAGUUUGCUGCCAACUGACCAGAGGGAACUCUGGGUGCAUGCCCCAAAGUCCCCUUUCCGGCCUAAGUCUUGAUGUGCCCCCAGGAAACCAGGGAUUUCCUUUCCCUCCCCUCUCGCCUUCUAGGGAAGAGAUGGGAAGGAAGAAGAUAAAGAGUCUCCAGAAGCAGUUCAGUGAUGUCAAGAAGGAAAAGGAGUUUGAGCUACAGGUGAGCUUUAGGCAGUCACGCCCUUUAACCCCCUUUGAAAUGCAGUAUGAAAUUAAUAAAAUUAGCACCCAACAGGUGCAGCUCAGGCUGCAAAAUGGGCUCUGCACAGCAGAAAGUUUCCAAAUCUAGGGAAUGCAGCAGAACACAGAACUAAAUGCCAGCAUUUAUUUGUGGAUUUGGGGCUUAGCUGGCUUUAAGAAAGGGUUAGAUAAAACACCUGGAGGCUCAGCUCUAUCAGUAGACAUUGGUCAUCACUAAAAAGUUUUUUUCUGAUUUGUUGUUCUUUGGGACAGGCCCUCCUCUUGCCGUUUUUUAAAAUAGCAAGGUAUUGUUGGAGCUGUCUGACAAGGCCCUCGUCUCCUGCCAGGAGGCAGGGCUGGUCUGGAGGGCUGCCCAGGCCCUCCCCUUGGGGAAGGUGUUGCAUGAUGCUGGCCCUGCCCACAGACCCAAAGGGAGGUUUGGGCGUUGGGGUUACAGCAACCAAUCAGAAUGCCCCCUGAGAGGCUUAAGAGAACCUCCCUGUUCAGAAUAUUAGCCGUGUUAUAGAGGAGAGACAGCAAACUGAGGAGGGAGGAUGCCUGGUUGUUUCUCAGAGGCAACUGAGUCCGGCGCUGUUGGAUACCCAGCACUGGGAUCCGUGGGCCUUUAGUCUGAUCUAUUUUUUUACAUCUCAUUUGCAUUUGCUAACAUCAGAGUCCAAGUGUUUCUGGCACUAAAUUCUAGGACCUUAAUAAAAAUCUACACUCCUCCUCCAUGGGUCACAACUAUCGUGGGGCUGGCACAUACAUGGACUCCUGUGCUGGCAGGACUGAGUUGCUAGCCCCCUAUUUCCAAGAUAGAAGUCCUUCCCAUGUACUUUUAGCAGCUCCAGUCUCAGACCAAAGCCCUCCCCCAGCUCAACCCACGACAUAGUGCUGAAGGCUUUGCCUGCUGAAUGGAAAAUGUGGUUAUUCUGCAACAGUCUGUCCUGCACUAGCUUCAAACAGGCAUGUUACAGUCAAUGGAUCCUGUUUGAUCUUGAGUUUUCCUCUUUUAAAACUUACAACAGCCUAACAGGAUGCUUAUUUUUCAGCCCCAAAUACAGUAGUCAGUGAGUCAGACCUUAGUGGCAAAACAGAAGUCAUCCUUAAAGGCCUAGAUAUCCCCGAGAUAGUCAACCUGUGUCUGGGUGGGCUCAUUUUUUAUAAAAGGAAAAAUCCAUGCAUGUAGAAAAGUGGCACACCAGAGAAAAGGAAUCUUUUGUACAUUCAGGAGCAUUCAGUGAUGUAAACCCCCAUCUGGAGUGGUACAGUCCAGAUAUGUUUUCUACUUCAGUGAGAAGAAGGUUGGAAAGUUCCAUAGGACACACUGUUGAGUUGCAAGCCCAUCCAUACCCUGGCAAGGCAAGGCAAGGCAAGGCAAGGCAAGGCAAGGCAAGGCAAGGCAGAAGCCAGUUCAGUCUUAAGCAGCACCUCUGAGGAUGACCACAGACCAGCACAUCAAGUCUCCCUUGCUUGUAGUACUACCCACCCACCCGCCCACUCUCUCAUUCCACAGAAUCGGAACGAGAUGAUUGCAUACCUCAAAGACCAGCUUCAAGAGAUGAAGGCUAAAACAGACAUGGAGAAUCGUUACGUCAAGAAGGACACAGACCUCCAGGUGGCUCAGACAAAGAAUAAAUGCUUUGAGGCCGAGAAUGAUCUGCAGAAUGAAAUUGAAGUAAGCACUUUGCCUUGGGCCAUAUGCAUUCGUAGGGAGGUGGUCUGCAGUAGAGUGUGGGGCAUGCCUUAAUGACAUAUGUGGCCUCAGCAUAGAGGCAGCCACUGUUCAGCGUCCUGGUAUAGACUUUUCUCAGCAGUGUAACCUGACUUUUGGUUGAGCAUCCUCAACCCAAAGAGGACUGCUGUGUGGUUGCUCCAGAGGCAACCCAGGAAUACUAUUUUGGAGAGCUGAGUCCUCCUGGCGCCAGAAACAAGGCUUGUGCUGAAUGAACCUUAGUUCAGAUUAAGUGAGCAGCAGUUGAUCUAACUCCCGAUCGAGUCAAGGGCUAACCUUGGUAUUAAUAGAAAACUACAUUAUAUCAGGUCAGACUGCUUCUCCAUUCGGACUGGCAGAGGCCCUCUGAGGUCUUGGGCAGCGUCCUCCCCAUCACCUGCUAGGUAAAGGUAAAGGGACCCCUGACCAUUAGGUCCAGUCAUGACCGACUCUGGGGUUGUGGCGCUCAUCUCGCUUUAUUGGCCGAGGGAGCCGGCGUACAGCUUCCAGGCCAUGUGGCCAGCAUGACUAAGCCGCUUCUGGCGAAACCAGAGCAGUGCAUGGAAACACCGUUUACCUUCCCGCCGGAGCGGUACCUAUUUAUCUACUUGCACUUUGACGUGCUUUCGAACUGCUAGGUUGGCAGGAGCAGGGACCGAGCAACGGGAGCUCACCCUGUCGCAGGGAUUCGAACUGCCGACCUUCUGAUUGGCAAGCCCUAGGCUCUGUGGUUUAUCCCACACCUGAUCCUAAAUGGCAAGGAGUGGGAUUUUGGGCCUCUUGCAUGCAAAUUUAAUGUUCUACCUGGCUCAUAUGCAGGAUAUUCUUCUUGGUUUUCACAUUCAAUUGACUUAACCUGGUUCAAUUGCCCAGUGUUCUCAGUUUCUAUUGGUCUUCUUUCAACCUUCAAUCACUGUACGGCUAGCCAAGUAAUGACAUGGGGCUGUCAGCAGUGAAAAUGAGGGCAGAAUUUAGGGAUGGCAUCAUUGACCAUUUUUUGUGUGUACAACUAUACUACGCCUGGACCAUAAACUCACUCUGCAACAUGGCAUAGAGAGGGAUGUGGUGCAUGCACUCCCCAGGUCUUCAGAGGAACCCUCUUGGCAUUUGCUUAGAACCAAAUAAAGUCUGAUGAAAAGUCUUUCUCCCAUUACAGAAACUGAGAAAUCAAACUGAGCAGGAGAUAAGAGUCCACAUGGACAUUGAGAAUUUCCUUAAGCAGCAGCAAAAGGUAGGUGGCCCAAAGCUUUCUGGUGCCCCAUUGAGCUCAGAGAUGUGGGACCUGUGGCACUCCAGCUGUUGUUGGAUUACAGCUUCCAUCUGUCCUAACCACUGUUCAUGCUGGCUAGGCUGAUGGAAGUUGGCGUCCAACAUCUAGAGGCUACAGGUCUUCUUUUUGUGCUAUAACAUUUUGUAAUGCCAUCCACGCUCCAGCCAACUGCUAGAUCUACUUCCUUGUUCUUCAGAGGUUUAUGUGAUCCCCACCCUUAAUUCAAAUCAUUACUUUCUAUUGACAUACACUUCCUAUGGGUUGAGCUAGCAAGUGGAUCCAGACCCUAUGGUAUCUAAAGAUCAGAGGCCUAGAACCCUGAGGCUGAGCUGUACCACUUUAAACUGCACAUGGCAGGUGUGUGUGUGUGUGCAUGCGGCUCAUACGAUUGCUCUUCCAUUCAAAAUACACCCUGCACAAUAGAUGCCUCUUUACUUUGUACCCCAUCUUUUCGGGCAAGCAGAAUAGAGCAGCCAGCACACAAGUUGACCACCUCAGGGGCCUCAGACAGAAGAUAUCUUGGGGAUGGAAUCCAUAGGGAACUUCAGAUUUAGAAAGCAUCUAAGGUGCUGCACACAGCAGCCUAUUGCCCAUUCCAGUUCCCCGUGACUCUUGUUUCUUCCCCGUGUUGCUGCUCCUUACACACACAAGGGCACCGCCUUGCAUGCACAGAUCAUCCCCGUUCCCUUCAGUUGCUUUGUGUACAUACAAGAAAUGACACAGAGCUUUGGCUCUGAAAUAGUGUUCCAACAGCAACAGAGUUAGACAAGGUGAUAAGCUGAUCAUCCCCAAAUCCCCACCAAGCACCUCAUUCUGCAAGUCCUCCAAUAUCAUGUCAUUGCAUGAGGCGCUGGGCUCUAAGCCAUGCCCCGGAAUGGUCAGGAGACAAAGGCAGAGUGUUGUGAAGUGUCCACCUGUGUGUGUCGCAGAGCAUAGAAGAGAAGCUGGAGUACUGGAUGGACAAGUACGAGAGGGAUACAGAAGCCAAGCAGCAAGAGCUCAAUUCUCUGAAGGCCUCCAGAGCAGCUGACCAGGCAGCGCUACAGGAACUGGCCAAGCAGGUAGGGAACAAAGCUGAUGGUCAGGCUCCUUGGUCCGUUGGUGAUCCAUGGCAGCUAUAUGUGGGGUCGCUCUAUCCACACAUCCUCACUGCUGCUCCAAUUUGCUAGGAAGCUUAGAAAGCUAAGGAAGGAGUCCAGGGGUGAGAGGUGAGAGCGAAAGCCCACCUUCAAGCUCAAGUUAAAGGUGUCUUUGCAUUCUACAGUGUCUUAUAUGCGAACAAGCUAUAAUUGAGGACCGGAAGGAAAAGGAGAAUGCAAGGAAGAAAGUAGAACAGGACGCUCUGGAGUUGAAGAGUAUCCUGAAGGUAAGAUGAGUCAAUAUAGCCUUACCUUUGGAGUCCUGGGACUAAAAAUUGGAAGCGGGGGUGGGGAGAAAACCUCUUCCUCCACCAUGUCUUCUGCCCCUCUCCCAACAUGUGGAGCAGAUCAUCUCCUUUGCUUUGUAUAGCCCCCCCCCCCCGAUGUUGCUGAAUCACCCCUUGCUGGCCAUGCUGACUGGGGCUGAGAGUUGCAGUGCAAAUCGCUUGGGGGGCACCCGGUUGGGGAAGGCUGCUCUAUCUCAUGGCUUCCCCUUUCAGGGCUCCAGAUCUCUAAUCCUUUUACGUGCUUUAAAAAUGUGCCAAGCGGGGGGCAUGGUGGCAGAAUCUUCUGCUUCUGUAGGGGUGCUUGGAGGUUCUCUCCAACCUCCUCCAGCGCACUUCUCCCUAACCUAACAGCCAUUUCCUCAGAUAAGUAUCAUCAGCUAAAGAAGAAGCAGGGUCUUCCCCGGACCAUCCUUGUAUGGCAAAACAGGCAGCCACAGAUUGUGUCGCAAAGAACAGUCUUAUCUAGCCAGAGACCAGCACUUUCAAUUCCAUCAGCUGCAGGACUGGCCUGGAAGAGGGAAAAUUAUGUAUAUAGGAAAACAAUAUUAAGUGAGGCCUGAAAUACUGUGGGAUUCAUAGCCAUUUCUGUAGCUCUUUCUAGCCAACAGUUAGCUAGGGUACAGCAUGAAGUAUAAUUUGCUUAUCAGUUGUUUACAUGAAUAGCAGACCUUGCCGUACCACAUGAAGAAGCGUAUUUGAAUAAGCGCAGAAACUGCUCAUCUAGGCAUGACCAUAUUGCAGAAGUGAGCAGCAGCCUUGUGUUUGGCUUCACGGAUAGCCAAAACCCAAUCCUAGCCACCCAUUUGCUCUCCUCAGUGCAGCAGCAGCAGCAGCGUGCCUUUGGAUGUUGGCUGCCCAGGGACAUUCUGCAACAGAUGUCAUUUAUUUCCCACUCAGAUGCUUUCUUGGAGCGUAUCCAAGGCUGAGCCUUUCUGCAGCUUGAGCUGGCAGCGAUGGGAUAAAUGUGGGCAUUAGAUGCUGUGGCUGACUUGGAGCAGACAGGCAGCAGAUGGAAUGCUGGACUCAAGCCAGGCCUGCUUCAUUAGAGAGGUGGGGGGGCAGCCUAGGGGAAUUGGGCUUGUUGCACAGCAGUCAUUUCUGGGAGCCCAUUUUUGGCAAAGCUUGAGCAGCAGCUGGAAGGUAGUGUGGGCACCCAGUGUCUCCUUCCUGCAUGCACAACCCUUCUCCUCUUCCUUGCUUUCAGCUGCAGGCCUGGUGGAGAGGCAUGAUGGUCCGCAGAUUCCUUGGCCCUUACAAGGCCCUCAAAAAACUCUGGGAAGAAGAGCAGCCGCCCAAAGAGAAGGGGAAGAAGGGCAAAGGGAAACCUGGAGCGAAGAAGAAAAAGUGAUGGGAACAGAGCCCAGCUCCUGCGCCAUCUCCACACUGGGCGUUUGGGCAACACGGUUUUGUGGGAUGAAGGAACGGGACAAUUGUAUGUCUUUGCUGAAAGGAUCAGAAUUAAUAAAAGCUUUUAGCACUCGGCU